AUGACCAGCCAUAGAGAGGCAUUUUUCGCUGGUGACGGGAACGAGAGAACGGGGGAACCGACCUCCCAGGACGACGACAUUACGGGGUGGUUCGACCGGGUGGCGGAGAAGGCCGGUUUCGUGCAGGCAGAGACGCUGAGGCGCAUCAUUGAGAUCAACCGGGGUACGGAGUACCUGAGAAGGUGGCUGGGGGAGGACCUUCGCCUUGAGGACCUGGAGCUAGAGGAGCUAGAGACAGUCUACAGCUCUCUGGUGCCCCUCGCCUCCCAUGCAGACUUUGAACCUUAUAUUCAGAGAAUCGUCGACGGCGACGCCAGCCCCAUCCUCACAAGGGAUACUAUCGCCACCAUUUCUCUCAGGUAUCUGAAUCUUCUCUACUAAUUCGGUCAUAUGGUUGCGGCGUCCACCCUUCAGCUCUUCAAGCUAGCAGCAGCCCACAGAGCCAGGUCUGUAGCCAAAAGCAACAUUUCCCACCCCCCACCCAGAGCAUUAGAAAGUCCAACCGCACAUCUCAUAAUCGAUCUGAUCAUCUAUCUUAUGUCUGUUGCGUUGAGCAGGGUCUUCCCCAUCAGAGCAGGGGGUAGGAUUCUGGAAUUCAUCUACGGCAGCCAGCGGCACCAGACGAGAGGCGGCGUCACUGUGGGCACGGCCACCACCCACUUCUACGCAAGCGAGGAGUUCAAGAUCAAGCAGAGAACCACCAAGUCCUUCACUUGUAGCCCGCGGGAGACGAUCCUUGCCGGGGACUACAAACAGACUACCUACUGCCACCUCCUCCUCGGCCUUGUCCACUGCGACCAUGUCGAGUUCGUCACCUCCACCUUUGCCUACAGCAUAGUCCAAGCCUUCGCGGCCUUGGAGGAGCUGUGGCCGGAGAUUUGCCAGGACAUUAAAACCGGAGGCCUCAGCCAGGUGAAAGUCACCUCCCCCAACGUCCGGAGGGCCGUCCUUGAGGUAGUAUCCCCCGACCCGUCUCUCGCUCGCAGGAUUAAAUCCACGUGCAAGGAACUCCAGGCGGUAGACUGGCAGGGCGUAGUCCCGGCGCUGUGGCCCAACGCCAAGUAUAUCUACUCCAUCAUGACCGGAUCGAUGCUGCCGUAUCUGAAGAAACUGCGGCACUACGCGGGAAGCCUCCCACUUGUGGGAGCUGAUUAUGGUUCCUCUGAGAGCUGGAUUGGUGUGAACCUGGAGCCAUCCAAUCCGCCAGAGAGGGUCACUUUCACGGUGAUCCCUACCCUCGCUUACUUUGAGUUUAUACGUCUGAGAAGGCACCCGCUGCAGCACGCGAACCAACUUGGGUGGACUGAGGGAUCAGGAGCCGUGGACCCUAGGGUUGCCGACGAUUUUGUGGAAGAUGAACCGGUGCCCCUGAGCAAGGUCAAGGUGGGCCAGGAAUACGAGCUCGUCCUCACCACCUUCACAGGUUCGAUACUCGUUCCUCCGUCAUUCACUCUUUUACCGUCCCACAAUUCAUACCACACAGCAACGAAAAUGGGAACGAAAAAUCUGAAGUUGGGCUGCACCUCUCCACCUGAAGAUUUGGAAACGGGCGAAGGUAGCCGUUUCUUUCUGCCAUUGACACCCCAGACAACCUUCAAAAAAUGCGCAUUAGAUAUGCAUCCCCUAACACUAGCGGCGACGAGGUUGUCGAAGGAUGGAUGGCGGUGGGUGGGGGGCCGAGGGAGAGAGAGAGAGAGAGACCACCUGUUUCUGUCAUCGACCUUUGCUCUCCCACUGCGCCAUGACUCCUCGACUUUGUUUGACUUCAUAUAGGCCACGCUAAGAUGAAUUCGUAAUUGCCUUAUUAGCGAGUCCUUCCAGUGAGGACAAUCGUAUAAGGGGUUUUGAAACGAACGGCCUCAGUACAAGGGAAGAAUUCCUUAAGUUCCCAGAAGAUGUUUCAUGAACCCUCGUCACUUCUUCUCUUUCCGACAUAUCAUUUUUGCCCACCUUCCGUGUGCUAUCCCGAUUUGCACCUUUCUUGCUCACAGUUGCCUGAUACAGAAACAUCUUCUGGGAUUCUUAAAUCUCCUCGUUUAUUGCUUUUUUAAUCGUAUCCCGGCCUUCAUUAAUGUAGACGUGACGGCCAGGUGGCCCCUGGCUGACGCAUCUCCUCGUUUCGUCUCACCGAAAACUAAUUUGAGGAUUUAGAGUGAACACUUUUAAAUGCCUUAAUGGACGGUUCCUUUGUGUGUGAUGAGUCUCUGACAUAUGGCGUGGGUGUCUUCCCGAGCAGCAUGAGCCCUAGAGACACGUCAUUAUCCAGUGAUCUGCAUUCGACCUCUGCUUUUCACGUUAAUGGCAUGUGUAUCUCCCCGUGUGCCUCUCUCACAUACAGAUCCUGGUAUUAUCAUCCAAUGCUUGAGCAACUCGUCUCGAUUUCUCCAUGUCGCAGGACUGUACAGGUACAAGCUCGGAGACGUGGUGGAGGUGACGAGUUUCUACAAGGGCUCCCCCCAACUGAGCUUCGUCUGCCGGAGGAAGCUCAUCCUCACCGUGAACAUCGACAAGAGCACGGAGAAAGACUUGCAGCUGGCCGUGGAGAAGGCCUCUCGCUUGCUGGCCGGAGCGAGAUCCGAACUGAUCGAUUUCACCAGUCACGCGAUCGUCGGAGACGGCGCGCAGAAGCGAGGGCACUACGUUGUCUACUGGGAGGUGAAGGGGGAGGCGGACGAAGAUGUGCUGCAGGAGUGCUGUCGAGUGAUGGACCUGGCAUUCACCGACUACGGCUACGUGGUGUCGAGGCGAUGUGGCUCCAUCGGACCGCUGGAGCUCCGGGUGGUGGAGAGGGGCACCUUCAAGAAGAUACUGGACUGCUUUGUAGGCAAUGGGGGAACCUUGGGGCAGUUCAAGACCCCACGGUGCACCAGCAACCAGGUGCUCCUCCUGAUCCUCGACCGGCGCACCCGGCGGCAGUUCUGGAGCACCGCCUACGAACCCUGA